UCUCCUUUUCAUCCGGGCAUUUGGUCGCCGGUGCAAGAUGGCUUCUUUUAGGUUUGCUGCUGCUGCUGUACGGCAAUUCAGCACAUCGGCAGCCAGGAAUGGGGAGAUUGUACAGGCUCCAAUUCAAGUGUUUGGUAUAGAAGGACGUUAUGCACAUGCUUUGUACUCGGCUGCUGUGAAGCAGAAGAAGUUGGAUGCAGUUGACAAGGACAUGCAGACAGUUCAAAAAUUAAUAAAGUCAGAUACCAAAUUUGCUGAGUUUUUGCAUAGCCCUUUACUAAAGAGGUCUGCUAAAACGGAGUCAUUAAGUGCCCUUCUAAAGAAACAGGGAUUUACAGACAUUUCUGUAAAUUUCUUUGAGACACUAGGAGAAAAUGGAAGGUUGGCAGAAACAACUGGAAUAGUUGAAGCCUUUUUGAAAAUCACAAGUGCAGAAAAGGGAGAAGUGAUGUGCAAGGUCACAACAGCACAGAAAUUAGAUGAUAGACAAUUAAAGGAUGUCAAGGCUGCACUGCAAAUGUUUUUGACCAAAAAUCAGGUUCUCAAUCUAGAAUUACAGGUUGACCCAGAGUUAAUUGGAGGGAUGACUGUUAGCAUUGGAGACAAGCAUGUAGACAUGUCCAUGGCUACCAAAUACAAGAUGUACAGUGAUUUAGUGAAGGAGACAUUGGCGUGAUUGAAUAGUAUUCAAGUUUGUACAUUCAACAAUAACAGUUUCUAUUUGUGUUGAAAAAUCAAUUGAUUCUUAAUACAUAAACUCUUAGUGUGUGUUGCACCAAGUGAAAAAACAUUAGAAUACUUUUCUGAAGUGGAACAUCAUACUUCACCAAGUAGUGUACUAGUAUAGAAAGGGACCUGGUUCAUUUUCUCAGACUGUUGCAGUUUGUUUGAUCAACAUGCUGUAAAAAUUUGAAUAAAAUCAAAUCAAAUAAUUAUAUCUGA